GUAAUAAGUCACAGUACUUCUCACAACUUUAAUUUUUGUUACGAUGGCAUUUAGGCAGCUCCUCUCAUUUGUUCUUCUUACACACAUCACAGGGUUCGGUGCUGAGAUCUCUGUGUUUGUUCAGACAGGAGCUUCUGUUCAACUGGAUAUACAGACACAACAACUACUAGAGUUUGAUGAUUUAUACUGGACAAAAGAUAAAUCAGAGAAUAUAGUUAAAUAUACAAAUGAAUCUAAAAAAGUAACACUUUACAAGGACAGUGUUAUUAUGUAUUUCAAUAAUGAAACCUUCUCUUUAACAAUGAAGAACACGAAGAAGACAGACAGUGGAUUCUACAGAGCAAGAACAAGUGGAAAAUAUGAGAUUGAUAUUGUUGCAUACAGAGUUUCUGUUAUAGAUGCAGUGGAAGCUCCAGUCCUGGCUGUAAACUCAAGCUGGUCCAGUCCUGACCCCUGUAACUUUACAUGUAAUGGAAGUGACAUUACCAUCAGCUUCAUCUAUAAUAGUAGCAGCUGUUCUCCAGAGGAAGUAACAUCUUCUGAUAAUCACACUCUAAGACUGAGCUGCAGUGGUGACUCCAUCAUAUGUAACUAUAGCAACCCAGUGAGCUGGAAGACUGACACGAAGAAGGUUAAUGAACUCUGCACUGUUAAUGAAGGAAAACAAGAAGCAUCUCCACUUUGGGCCACUGCUAUUAUUUGUCUAUUGACAUUGACAUGGCGGCAGUGAUUGGCUUCUGUAUUUACAAGGGGAAAAAAGUGGAAGACGUUAAGAUGAGAGCCACAUCAUUACGGACUCAGUUCACAAAACUCAUUAAACCCAAACCUAGCGGCAGUGGAGAGAAAGGGUUAUCACAGAAACAGAGAUGGCUUUUAAUCAGCUUGGACUUUCUUAAGAAACAUGUUGCCCAACGCCCCUCUGAGACCAGUGUAAGCAUGCAAUAUUAUGCACAGGCAUGACAUGUGAUAUUGUGUCUUUAAUAAGUGUUGUAGUAGGCUUCAUCAUGUAUCCAACUCCUAUACCCAUGACGUUUUGCAUGAAUUAUGGGAGUAACUUUUUAAACUGUAAAUAAUCAGUGAUGUGUUUUAAAAAUUGGGUACAAUAAGGUAGCAUUAUUCUUCUCACAGUUCAACCAUCAAAUAUUAAAAAAUUACUUUCAGCAGACCUAAAAUUGCAGAAAUUUGGGGCAGUUGUGGCCUAAUGGUUAGAGAGUCGGACUUGUAAAGCAGAGGUCAUGGGUUUGAGUCUCGGUACCAGCAGGGAUUGUAGGUGGGGUGAGUGAAUGACCAGUGCCCCUUCAAUACUCUCUUCCACCUUCAAUACCACGACUGAUGUGAGACCCUUGAGCAAGGCACCAAACCCCCAAUUGCUCCCCGGGUGCUGCAGCUUGUGCACUUGGAUGGGUGAAAUGCAGAGCAAAUAUUCAGAGUAUGGGACACCAUACUUGACCGCACAUUACGUCCAAAUAAAUUUAAAAAAAUCAGAACGUGAAUUUCCACAGCAAUAUUAAUGAGUUAAAUAUU